UGAUUAAUUAGAUCCAUGGCCGUGGAGGAUCCCCCGGCCCCGGCCCCGGCCCCGGCGCGGCAGUCCGAGGCCGGCGCGGGGGGACGGCGGACGGACAAGCACGGCCGCCGCCUCGAGGUGUACAACGAGGUGCUCGCCCGCCUGCGCUCCUCCGCCGGCGCCGCGCCCGCCGAGAUCUCGCCGGCCUUCGAGGACGCGCUCUGGGCCCACUUCCACCGCCUCCCCGCACGGUACGCGCUGGAUGUGAACGCGGAGAGGGCGGACGACGUGGUCACGCACCAGCGGCUGCUGGAGGAGGCGCGCGACCCGGAGAGGCGGCCCGCCUUGUCGGUGCGCGUCGUGCAGGUUUCUAGGAUUAUUGACGGUGAUAUGGGUGAUUCUCUCGAUCCUGACAUGGAGAUGGUUACUUCUAAUCACUUACCGAACCAGUUGAUCCACCCGCCUCCUGCAUUUGGUUCUUCCUCCAAUCUAGAGGCGCUUGGGCUUGAAACAAGUGAGGGUGAUGUAAGAAGCACCAAUGAUACCGAUCACAGUGUACAUCUCAUUUCCAGGCCAAUGCAUGAGAUAACCUUUGCCAUGGUUGAUAAGCCAAAGCUCCUUAGUCAGCUGACCUGUUUACUUGCUGAGCUCGGACUUGACAUCCAAGAAGCACAUGCAUUUUCAACAAUCGAUGGCUACUCAUUGGAUGUAUUUGUUGUCACUGGGUGGCAUCUUGAAAGUACUGAGCAGCUACAAGGAAAGUUACUUCAGAAAUUUCACAAAAUUGAGGCACAGGCUUGCCCUGUAUCUAGCAGGCCAUCACCAUCAUCAGAAGGUUGGCAAGGCAGAGCAAGUGUGCCAUCUACUAGUGUGGAAAUACCAACAGAUGGUGCAGAUGUUUGGGAAAUUGAUCUGAGACUGCUCAAGCUUGGAAACAAAGUUGCUUCAGGAUCAAAUGGCGACUUGUACCGUGGAUCAUACUGCAGUCAGGAUGUUGCCAUCAAAGUAGUGAGGCCUGAGCGCAUCAGUGCAGAUAUGUACCGAGAUUUUGCACAGGAAGUGUACAUUAUGAGAAAGGUUCGUCACAGGAAUGUUGUGCAGUUUAUCGGUGCCUGUACAAGACAACCAAACUUAUAUAUUGUAACAGAUUUCAUGUCAGGAGGGAGUGUCUAUGAUUACCUCCAUAAAAAGAACAGCACUUUCAAGCUUCCAGAAAUACUAAAGGUCGCAAUUGAUAUCUCUAAAGGAAUGAACUAUCUGCAUCAAAACAACAUAAUUCACCGUGACCUCAAGACUGCAAAUCUUCUCAUGGAUGAAAACAGGGUUGUAAAGGUUGCAGAUUUUGGUGUUGCUCGUGUGAAAGAUCAAUCUGGAGUGAUGACUGCAGAGACUGGAACUUACCGUUGGAUGGCACCUGAGGUCAUUGAACAUAAGCCUUACGAUCACAAAGCAGAUGUUUUUAGUUUUGCAAUUGUUCUAUGGGAGCUGCUAACUGGCAAGAUCCCUUAUGAGUACCUAACACCACUGCAAGCAGCAAUAGGUGUUGUUCAGAAGGGCAUCAGGCCGACAAUCCCAAAAGACACCCACCCCAAGCUCAUCAAGUUGCUUCAGAAAUGCUGGCAUAGAGAUCCAGCUGAAAGGCCUGACUUCUCUGAGAUACUGGAAAUUCUUCAGAGACUCUCCAAAGAGGUGGGAACUGACACUGAGGGUCGCCACAAAACGAAGACAGGCUUUCUUUCAGCACUGAAGAGAAAUCACUGAAGGGCACAGAAUAGUUACUCGAAUGUCGGUGCUUGAUGCAUAGUGUAAUUGCAGCAUCCUGCUGGAGGAAUGUGCCUUGUAGUGUAGUGUCAAUCAGUCGUAACAUAUGUAACUGUAGCAGUUUUGCGCUUUUUUGGCAAAUUUACUUCUUUUUCUUCCUUUCUUUUUUGACCCCUGUUAAUCUUUUGUUGUUCUAGUUUUGUUGAAUCUUCAUAAGGUUGAAGAGACGUUCUGAAUGAAAAUAAGUAUCUGAUGACAUUGUUUCA